UCAUCGCGCACAUCCGCGUAGGGCACAUGCAGGCGGCACUCGAGGCCACGACCACCGUGCUGCCCGCCACAGUGUGCGGUGACGGCGUCUGCGGGCAGGACGAGACGUGCUCCACCUGCCCCGCCGACUGCGGGGACUGCCCCAUGUCCACCCCCAUCAAGGUGGCCAUCGGCCUGCCCAUCUCCCUCUUCUUCAGCAUGCUCGUCUUCACCCUGCUGUGGUUUGAGUAUCAGAAGCACAAGCUCUUCUGGGACGAGAGCUGGAUCGUCAGCCCCAAAGACAUCAAGAUGGACUACAGGCAGCGCGGUCCCGAGGGCAGCCUCGCCAGCAUGCGGCAGCCACCGCCGCCGAGCGACACCACUGCCAGUCACAUGACCGACGUGCAGAGCACCGGGUCCGGCUACAACCAAUCCGCGGUGGUGCCGAGCCACGGCAUCACUCUCGGCGUCAUCUACCAGGGCAACACCGUGGCCAUGAAGAGAAUCAACAAGAAGACGCUAAGCCUCACCAAGACCAUCCGCAGCGAGGUCAAGGAAAUCAGGGAGCUGGAGCACCCGAACCUGUGCCGCUUCGUGGGUGCCGUCGUGGAGGAGGGCAGCGUGGCCCUGCUCACCGAGUUCUGCCCCAAGGGAAGCCUGCGCGACGUCCUUCUCAACGACGAGAUCCCGCUCAACUGGGGAUUCAGGCUGUCGUUUGCGGUGGACAUCGUGCGAGGGAUGUCCUAUCUGCAUCAGCACCGCCUCGUCCACGGCCGCCUCAAGCCCACAAAUUGCCUCGUCGACGACCGCUGGGUCUGUAAGAUCGCCGAUUAUGGGCUGGAGGUGUUCCGCACACAGGACAGGCCAGAGGAGGAGGCCGUGAAGCAGCGGCAGCAGCACCAGCAGGGCCUGGCAAGCAUCUACAUGGCUCCCGAGAGACGCCUCCUGCGACACGGCGAACUCACGCCGGCCGUGGACGUCUACAGUUUCGGAGUGAUCCUGGUGGAGAUCGCCACACGGAGCGAACCCACGGCGCCAGACAUGGACGUGAAUAACGUGGACUCGGCGUGGCGUCCCAGCCUGCCGCAGUUCUCGGGCAAAACCGACACCAACUGUCCUAGUCCUACCGAGUACUGCGAGCUGAUCCAGAAGUGCUGGGCACAGAUCCCACUCCAGAGGCCGUCUUUCGAGCAGGUCAAGAAGCAGCUACACAAGAUGAAUCCCAACAAAGUGAGCCCCGUGGACAUGAUGAUGAUGCUGAUGGAGAGGUACAGCAAGCACCUGGAGUCGGUGGUGGCCGAGCGGACUCAGGACCUGGUGCUGGAGAAGCAGAAGACCGAUCGGCUGCUCUACAGCAUGCUGCCCCGGAAGAUUGCCGAUGACCUGCGGCAGGGCAAGGUCGCCGAGGCUCAGAGCUACGCCAGCGCCACCAUCUUCUUCAGCGACAUCGUGGGCUUCACGCAGCUGUCGGGUGCCAGCACGCCCUACCAGGUGGUGGACUUCCUCAACAAGCUGUACACCACCUUCGACGACAUCAUCGACAGCUACGACGUCUACAAGGUGGAGACCAUCGGCGACGCCUACAUGGUGGUGUCGGGGGUGCCGCACGAGAACGGGAACCGCCACGCGAGCGAGAUCGCCAACUUGGCGCUGGACCUGGUGGCCGUGUGCCGCUCCUUUGUCAUUCCCCACCAGCCGCACACGCGGCUCCGGAUCCGCGCCGGCAUUCACUCCGGCUCGGUGGUGGCGGGCGUGGUGGGGACCAAGAUGCCGCGCUACUGCCUGUUUGGUGACACGGUGAACACCGCGUCGCGCAUGGAGUCCACCAGCGAAGCCUUGAAGAUCCAGGUGACUUUGAACACCCGGUCCAUCCUGGAGACGAUUGGGGGCUACUUCCUGACCUGCCGUGGCACCAUCACCAUCAAGGGCAAAGGCGAUAUGGUGACGUGGUGGCUGGAGGGGAGGGAGACGCCAACACCCACGGCGUGACGCGGCCGCAGGGAGAGAGGACACCACCCAACCGGACGAUUCGUCCGCGUGCCCACGCGAGAAAUGCGCACGUAUUUCUAUAUAUACAAAUAUAUAUGUGUGUGUGUGUGUGGACGUAAACAAUGCGCGCGUCUGUUCGUUAGUUUUGUCGCUUCCAUCGCCCGCCGGUCGUCGACGGCGCCUCGGCUUGCGCGUUGGGGCGAGCGGCGUUUCCCCGGUGGGGUGGACCCGGAGCAGAAUCGCUCCCCGCCGCGACAACCCCGCCACCCACACGGCCAGCACCCGCAGGGGUGGGACAGCCGAGUGCGGAGGCGGUGACUUCACAGGCCACCGCCGCUCAACACCGCGGGUCUCGACGUUACCGCAAGCUCGCUCGCUCGCUCGCUCCGUUCCUCUCUCUCUGUCUCUCACGAUCGUGAUCAUCAUCAUCAUCAGAAUCAGCCGCAUCAGCAGCAGCGAUCUCCGCAUCAUCCCUUUCCUUCGCCUGCGCAGCGACACGGGGUGGACAAAUCCGCCGGGCUCCCGAGUCACCGCAGCUCCCUGUAUGGCCUCGUUUGUGUGAAGUAAAGUUCAUGACCCCAGUAA